GGAGCCGAAGACCAGCCAGAGCUGCGUAGGUAAGCGGGAGCAUUGGCCGCCAUGGCGGUCUCGGAGCCCGGGUACCGGAGCUGGUCCUUGCGGCCCGAGGUGCCGUCCGCCACCUUCUUCACCGCGCUGCUCUCGCUGCUGGUAUCCGGGCCCCGUCUGUUCCUGCUGCAGCAGCCCCUGGCGCCCUCGGGUCUCUCGCUGCGGUCCGAGGCCCUGCGCAACUGGCAAGUUUACAGGCUCGUGACUUACAUCUUUGUCUACGAGAAUCCCGUCUCCUUGCUCUGCGGAGCCAUCGUCAUCUGGCGCUUUGCUGGCAACUUUGAGAGAACCGUGGGCACCGUCCGCCACUGCUUCUUUACUCUGGUCUUCGCCGUCAUCUGCGCCAUCAUCUUCCUGUCAUUUGAAGCUGUGUCAUCGCUGUCAAAGCUCGGGGAGGUGGAGGACGCUCGCGGUUUCACCCCCGUGGCUUUUGCCAUGCUGGGGGUCAGCUGCGUCCGUUCUCGGAUGAGGCGGGCCCUGGUGUUCGGCAUGGUGGUGCCCUCGCUGCUGGUGCCGUGGCUCCUGCUCUGUGCCUCCUGGCUCAUUCCCCAGACCUCUUUCCUCAGUAACGUCUGUGGCCUGGGAAUCGGGCUCGCGUAUGGCUUCACCUACUGCUUCUCCUUUGACGUCCCAGAGCAAGUUGCCAUGAAGCUCGACCAGAAGUUCCCCUUCAGCCUGAUGAGGAGGAUUUCGAUGUUCAAGUACAUCUCUGGCUCUUCAGCCGAAAGGAGGGCAGCCCAAAGCCGAAAGCUGAACCCUGUUCCCGGCUCCUACCCCACGCAGAGCGGCCACCCUCACCUGACCCCAAAUCACCCUGCCGCCCAGAUGCAGCACGCCAGUGGCCAGAAACUGGCGGCCUGGCCAUCGUGUGCUCCUGGGCACAUGCCCAGCCUGCCUCCGUACCAGCCUGCCUCCGGCCUGUGCUACGUGCAGAAUCAUUUUGGCACAACCCCCAACUCCUCGGGUGUCUACCCAGCUUCCGCGGGUGCCUCCCUGGGAGUCCAGCCCCCUGCCCCCCUCAACUGCCCCGGCACCGUGUAUUCCGGGGCCCUGGCCACUCCAGCAGCCACAGGCUCUAAGGAGUGCUCAAGGGUCCUGAUGCCCUGAGAAAGUUUCCAGAGAUGCGAUCUCCCUUCCUGGCCUUCUCAAAAAGGGCCUCUCUGAGCUGAGAUUUUCUUGACACGAAGUUAUUUAUUGGAUACCUCUAUGUGCCACGCUCUGUGUUGAGUAUUUUAAUAUGUGUUCCUGUUCAUCUCCUUUACCCUCAUGACAGCUUCGUGAAGUACAGUUGUCCCCACUUCCCAGAUGCAGAAAGCAGGGCGCCUGGUCAGGACACGUGGCUCUCGUGGCACAGCUGGGGCGCUUGGCUUCAGGCCCAGGCCCCUCCCACCCCCUUCCCCGCCCCAAAGAAACCUCGGGGAAGGGGGAUCGGUUGUCAGCGGCUCAUCCCAGCGCUCUGUUCCUUCCUGGCCUUGUGCAUAGUGCUCUUGGUUAUCCAGUGUCCAUGUGUCCAUGUGUGCCCUUCGGGAGCUCCCUGCUGGUGUGCUCGCCAGUCCCCAGGCCUGUGCAGUGUUCCUCCCCUGCAGUGACACCCCGACCACCCAGACUUCUGCCCCAGGGGUGGUGAGACGGGCCUGCGUGCGUCCCAGCAGUAUGUUGACGGGUCCGUCGCGUUGGUUACGUUUGUAUAAAGAAACUGCCUCCAGCCUG